AAGACGUAUAGAACUAGAGCACCAUCGUAGCAUUUCCAUGGACCAAGUCCAUGCUAUUUUCCCCAAAAGAAAGUCCACGGCACCUCGUUCCCCUUCACAGAACGGCAGCUUUAACGACCGAGGCUGCCCCCAAAUCCCCAAUUUCCUGGGCACCCAACACGUCACUGUAGUAAGCUCAAUCGCCUCGAGCAGCAAGAGAUCUCACCAGCCAAUUCGAUCCUGCGUCCGAUUCGGGUCCUCGCCCGCCAUGGGGUUCGACAAGGAGGCGAGCUCCUCCUCCUCCGGCCUCGACGCGGCGGCGCUGCUGCCGAAGCACGGCGGCGCGGGCGUCGGCGCGCGCCUGUCGUCGCAGCCCAAGACCUUCGCCAACGUCUUCAUCGCGGUGGUCGGAUCGGGCGUGCUGGGCCUCCCCUACACCUUCUCCCGCACGGGCUGGGCGGCGGGCUCCAUCCUGCUCCUCGCCGUGGCCGGGCUCACCUUCCACUGCAUGAUGCUGCUCGUCGGCUGCCGCCGCCGCCUCGCCGACGAGCACCCCAAGAUCGCAUCCUUCGGCGACCUGGGCGCCGCCGUGUACGGCGCCGCGGGCCGCCACACCGUCGACGCCAUGCUAGUGCUCAGCCAGGCCAGCUUCUGCGUCGGCUACCUCAUCUUCAUCGCCAACACCUUGGCGCACCUCCACCCCAUCGGGGACCCGUUCGAGUCCUCGCCUCUCCUCACGGCCAAGGCGCUCUUCAUCUGGGUCAUGCUUCCGUUCCAGCUCGGGCUCAACUCCAUCAAGACGCUCACGCUCCUCGCGCCGCUCAGCAUCUUCGCCGACGUCGUGGAUCUCGGCGCCAUGGGCGUCGUGCUUGGCCAGGACGUGUCCACGUGGCUCACAGAAAGGCCCCCCGUGUUCGCCUUCGGUGGCCCCGCCGAGCUCCUCUACGGCCUCGGCGUCGCCGUCUACGCGUUCGAGGGCAUCGGCAUGGUCCUGCCGCUGGAGGCGGAGGCCGCGGACAAGCGCAAGUUCGGCGGCACGCUCGGGCUGUCCAUGGUGUUCAUCGCCGUCAUGUACGGGCUGUUCGGCGCCAUGGGCUACCUGGCCUUCGGCGCGUCCACGCGGGACAUCAUCACCACCAACCUCGGCGCCGGGUGGCUGUCGGUCACCGUGCAGCUGGGCCUCUGCAUCAACCUCUUCUUCACCAUGCCGGUGAUGAUGAACCCGGUGUACGAGGUCGCCGAGCGCCUGCUCUACGGGAAGCGCUACGCCUGGUGGCUGCGCUGGAUCCUAGUCGUGUUCGUGGGGCUCAUGGCGAUGCUCGUGCCCAACUUCGCCGACUUCCUCUCGCUCGUCGGGAGCAGCGUCUGCGUCCUGCUCGGGUUCGUGCUGCCGGCCGCAUUCCACAUGAAGGUGCUAGGCGCCGAGAUCGGGUGGCCUGCGCUCAUCGCUGAUGUGGCUGUCAUCGUCGUCGGCCUGGCGCUCUCGGCGUCCGGGACAUGGACGUCACUCGCGCACAUGUUUGGUGCUUCCAACGCGUAAGCAUCACUGCAUCAACAAGGACAUGGAUUCUUCGGGAAUGCUCAAGUGUACAUUGUACUAGUGUAAUUAGCAUUGAGACCCGUCCAGUUCAGCUGCCAUGUCGAGUUGGGCAUGGUAGUAUCUGGUCCCUUGCAUUGCUUGUAAAGAAGAGGCAAAUGGCAUAGGCCCUCAUGGUAUCCCACGGCGAAAUCUGUAUUGUAAUAGAUGUCCCAAGGAUCAAGCGACCACAACGAACCUGUGUGUUGUACCAGAGUAUUUAUGUUACUAUGCAAGAUGUUCUUUUUGUCUAAAA